UUUUCCCCAAAUUUGUGUAUAAAUCUUGCACGCCGUCGACUGAUCGAAGUGAAAGAAGAAAUGAAGCACAAUCUAGCGGUUCUCGUCAUGCUACUCUCUGCUGCGGCCGCGGCCGCCACCGCCACCCUCCCGGAGCUCAAAGGGGCGGCGGCGGAGCAGGCCAUAAGAGUCCGGCGAACGUGGCCGUGCUGCGACCGCUGUGGCGGGUGCGCCACCGGUUCCGACGAGCCGGAGUGCCAGUGCCACGACCUGGUGCGGCGGUGCCACCCCUCGUGCCGGAGCUGCGUCCGGUCGCCUCUCAGCGUGGAACCUCCCCUGUUCUACUGCUCCGACCGCAUCCCCGGCUACUGCCAGCGCCGGUGCAACUCCGGCGACAGCUUGCAGAUCCACUGAUCUUAUUUGGCAAAACAAAAAAACUGCAAUGUUUUUGUUGUCAAAUUCGAGAUCUCAUGAAGCAAGAUUACAUGAUGCUCGCGAGGCCUUCCAUGGCGAAGCAAUACCUUGCCUUUCUUGUCCCUGAAGCCUGCCCAAAUUCUAACCGACUCGAUCACUAAAUAAACUUCCCAGAUUUCGUCUCUAAUAACAAGCUCGAACUAACGCUGCACCCGAAUGGACAGUCUCUUCAAGCAAAUAAGGGUGAGAUUUUCUGACUCAGGAGAAGAACGGAUAGCACCGGAGAAGAUUGCAUCACUUAAAGAAGGGAAGAAGAGGAACCGUAACUGGUUCCAGAGGCCAUUUCCUGGGGAAAUGAGCGGCAUCGACGACACUGCCGAUAUUGAGUUUGCAGCUGCGGCUGCAGCGGCUGCUUACGCUGUCGCUUUACUGGACGAAGAAGAAUCCCUCGAUCAGAACAAGAGAACCAUGAAGGUAGAAGACAACAUGAACAAACCCCCUGAAUACAGCAGAAUAACCAGAUGGUUGACUGGUAAAGAUCAGAAGGAAGAUGAAAUUCAAUCAGGAGGUUCUUCAAUGAGAAUCGGAGGAAAGACGCAGGAUGAGUUUGGCAUUGGCCAGAAUCUUUCCAUGAAAAAGAAGUCAACUUUCUCUGACAAGACAAGCAGCAAGAAACCAGAGCAAGAACAAAGUCAAACAGGUCCAAAAACCCUCAGACCUACAGACACGAUUUCUAGAAAUGCUAGCAGGAAAACAACUUAUACCCCGAAAGACGAAACGAAAGUAGAUGCAUGGGAGAGAGCGAAGAUGGAGAAGAUAAGGAAAAGGUAUGAAAAACUGAAGUCCUCGAUUGCGGAAUGGGAGGACGAGAAGAAGUUGAAGGCGAAACGUCGACUGGAGCGCAAAGAGGGGUAUCUGGAGCUGCAGCGUGCGAGAGCAGUACAAGAACUUCGUGAUGAGAUGGCGAGAAUAGUCAAGAUUGCUGGUGGAGCAAGAGCCCUCGCAGAAGAAAGGAGAAGAAAUGAUGAACAGAAGACGAAGGGAAAGGCGAGGAAGAUGCGAUCCACUGGGAGUUCUCCUCGUUCCUGCUUUGGUUUCUGACGUAUCCUUGAAUGCGUUGAACGUCGCUCGCUGUAAAUCUGUAUAGUUUGUAUAAAACAGCAAGAAAAAGGAAAAUAAAAAAUAAAAAAUCAGCAGUUGGAAAUGA